AUGCUUCCGCCGUUUAGUGCCAAUCCAUACGCACGCCACAACCAGGCCAUGUUGCCCGAGUUGCGAGAGUUGGUAAAUGAUCAACCACAUGUUCCAAUUAUAGGUCCAGGCGACGAGGGUCCUAUCCAGCGUGUCAGGCAGUGGGAGCGCGUUAAGAGGUACCUUCAUAACGGGUUCUUCCAUAAUACUGGGCACGCUCUCGACGAAUUUGUAGAGCAAUUUGGGUAUUUGAACGCUGCCGAGCUUGGUACGAUUAUAGAUGCGAUCUACACAUUAGAAGACGAAGUCCACGAUGUGAUCUCCCACAUGUCCGAGUGUCUUAACCUGAUUGCGUACUGUGAAAUGGUCCUACGUUCGCGUGAUCCCGAAGUGACUUGUCAUCACGACCUUAUCAAGAGACAACUCGAAAUUUCGAAGAUGCAAUAUGAACGCUAUCAACUUGCUUGGCAACAUUUCCACCAGGAGGAAUCGAAGCUUUGGGCCAUUUGGUCAGAGGAGACCCACCGCGCCCGUGCCUUCCCGGAUGCCCAACCUGGAGCGGCGUCCAACAGCACCCCACCAGUCUCUGAUCAACUUUGA